AUGGUUGCAGCUUUCGGGUUUAGGUCCUUCCGGGCUGGACGACAGAUCAUUUCCUCUCCAUCUACAUUACUUGCUACUAGGCAAUCCUGCGCUCCCGCUGUGCGGUCAUAUUCGACCUCCGAUCACCUCCCGAAGAUCGCGGACACGUCAGUAUGGACGGCGAUGAUUCCUAGGUUUCUUCGGACUCGCCCGCGCAAGGAUCCUUCAAAGGAGAAAUCUAAGGAGUGGAAUCCCGCUACUUUCUACAUUAUUAUCUUUACUCUGAUCGGCUCGCAGGCCAUUCGCAUGAUCACGUUGAAGAACGGCUAUGCGGCGUAUACUCGGUCGACGGAUGCGAAAAUUGAACUUCUGCGAGAGGUGAUUGCGCGCACGAAGAACGGGGAGAAGGUCGAUGUGGAGAAGUUGCUUGGGACGGGCGAUGAGGCGAAGGAGAGAGAGUGGGAUGAUGUAUUGCGCGAGAUCGAGGCAGAAGAUUCCUUAUGGCAUCAGAAAGCUAGCGAGUCCAAGUCUGAGGAAUCCAAGACCGACAAGACCGAGAGAGCGCCCACAAAACCCGCACCUGCACAGCCUGCACAAGAGAAGGACUCUGAGACUACCAAUACGGGGUCGACACGGAAGCUCAGAUUCUACUGA